AUGGCUCGAGCAGAGCUCUUGCCGCGAAGUCCAGAUGGCGUCCCUCUUGCUGGCUCGGUGAUGAGCAUGGUCGUCUCGCUCGUGGCUACCACCGUCUUGGCAGCUUUGCUCUACCUUUACUCCUUCAAACACAUGCCCAGGACGGCUGCGAAUGUUCGCCUCCGCAAUAUCGCCUUCCGGACCUUUGUGGGUGGCUGCCUGAUGCUUAUAAGCAGUAUUGCUAACCUGACCGUAUUAAUGAGUCUCAACGGGGAGCCUGGCUGGGUUUGUUUCAUGUCUUGCAACUGCGACAUUACCUUCUGCGCUCUUGUAAUUAACUGGGUCACCUCAAAGGACCGCUCCGAACCGUCGAGUCAGAUCAGUGCCACCACUGGCGGGAAUAGCGGCGACGAUUCGAAUCUUCUCGGUGGACGCAGCUUAUCUAUGCCCCUUCCGGCCGCCACCGCCCCGAGCAGUAAUGCAAUAAGCUCUACACAUGAUACCGCCGGCGGUUUGCCCCUCGCAACAAUCACUCGAUCGCCGGUCGGCCCCAGAGACACAGCUGCCAAGAUCCCCUCCCCCGUCCGGGGCUACCGGUGA